CGCCUCCUGCCUCUGGUGGGUGAAACCAAGUGUGAGGGGAACACAGCGAGGCGCGCGAGCCGGGUUCGCCCGCUGCACCCGCAGGCACGCUCCCCGAGGUCCGUGGCCACCCCUCCUAUGGCGCCGCAAUAUGGCCCGGUCCGGAGCGAGGGGGCGGGCACACGGACUUGAAGAGCCGGCCUUUGAGUUAAAGGCGGGAAAUGGCGGAUUCGUCGGGGCGCGGUGCUGGGAAGCCUUCCUCGGGGGGCCCCGGUACUCCUAGUGGCGCUAAGAUGAAAGGAAGCAGAACACAAGCUCCUGCAGCUCUCUGGGGCUCUGUCCCUAGCCCAGCGACUUGGAUGCCGCAAGCUUCUGCAGCAGAUGCAUUAAAGACCAGUGGGAAGAUGCCUGAAGGUGCAAGGAGAGUCCACCUGCUCCAGAAGAGCAAAGACAGCAGUGGCAUUGGGAAGGGAGACCUGCAGUCCACGUUGCUGGAAGGGCACGGCACCGCCCCGCCUGACCUGGACCUCUCGGCCAUCAACGACAAAAGCAUGGUUAGAAAGACUCCGCAGUUAGAAAAAACGAUGUCAAAGAAAACGGAGUCGACGUCCUUCUCGGCUUCACAGAAGAAGAGCCCAGGCCCGUCUGAGUCGAUGGAAAUGAUGGAAUCCCAAACGUUGCUCCUGACUCUACUGGCCGUAAAGAUGGAGAACAACCUGGUUCCAUUCGAAGAAAAGGCAGAAAGAAACUUAUUACUAAUGUGCAAAGAGAGGGAGAAGCUGCAGAAAAAGGCCCACGAGCUGAAGCGCAAACUUCUCCUCUGUCAGAGAAAGCGGGAGCUGGCAGACAUCCUAGACGCUCAGAUUGAGAUGCUCCGCCCCUACGAGGCUGUGGCCGAGCGCUUUAAGGAGCAGUACAAGACGUUCGCGACGGCCCUGGACACCACGAGGCAUGAGCUUCCGGUGAAAUCAAUCCACCUGGACGGGGACGGGCAGCAGUUCUUAGACAGUUUGCAGCGUGAAUUGACGACCACAUGCCACCUGCUGGGAGAACUUGGGAUCGGCAGUUUAGAAGAAAAUUUGAAAGCUCUGAACCUGCUGAGCGAACUCAAGGAAAUGACCCAAAAGAAGGAUCUAGAGCUCCGAAGGAGCUUUGCCCAGGUGCUGGAACUCUCUGCCGAGGCAAGUAAAGAGGCGGCCUUGAUCAACCAGGAGGCCUGGGAAGAGACCCAGGGCCUCACGGCCUCCAGCCAGUGGUAUUUCAAUCCAGAAGGCGCCUGCGGGGAAACUCCGGGACACGUCAGGCCUCCGCUCUUGCUGGCCACUAGUGAGCCGCGCACGGUGUGAAUCUGUGUGCAGUCCGUGUCCCCUGACACAGCUGGGGACCUCUGCAAACUGUCGGGAAGAAAGCCCGUCCCCUGCCACUGGCUCAGGGCACACAUGUGCUGUGGUGGCACAUGUGUGAUGCUCUGGGAGCUCAAGCACUUUAGACGCUAAUUCAGCAGAAUAGCUGUUUUGUAUGAGCAU